AUGUGCUUAAGAGCUAAUCACAAGAUUGAAAAUCAACCAACAUGGUCAAGAAAUCAUCGCCUUAGCUACUCCGGCAACCGCCGCAGCCCCACCACCGGUGAAGAACUUAUUGAUUUCCACACCAACAAGAAGGUUCUAGAAGAAGUAGCCAUCAUCCCGUCCAAAAGGCUCCGUAACAAGAUCGUAGGGUUCUCAACUCACCUUAUGAAGAGGAUCCAGAAAGGUCCGGUGAGAGGCAUCUCGCUGAAGCUGCAGGAGGAGGAGAGAGAGAGGCGUAUGGACUUUGUUCUGGAUGAAUCCGCUAUUAAAGUUGAUAGGUUUGAGGUUGAUAAGGAGACGAUUGAUUUGCUUGCUUCGUUGGGGAUGAGUGAGCUGUCAGGGAUUGUGUUGAAAGAGGAUGUGCCGGUGGUUUCCGGUGGGAUUCCUGGUGGUGGUGGUUAUGUUGGAUAUGGUGGUGGUGGUGGUGCUGGAAGGAGGUACUGA